AUGAUUCUCGUCUCUCUCUUGAUCAUAUCCACUCGUGCUUGUACCAAUACUGCAAACACCGGUUGGAGCAAUGAUUACCAAAAGACCCUCAUAACAACAACCAAUUCCAUUUCAAAAGUGGAUCUCACAACAGUGUGUCCAAAGAUUGACCCAGCAAAGGUUCCAGGUUUAACUCCCUAUUAAUACCUGAGUUCCAACAGCUGUCUUGGAUACAAGGGUCCAUUGGGUCCUUACGGGCCUCUAUCAUCAAUAGGUCCUUUGUCUAAUCCAUUUUGGUAUCUAACCACCUAUUUGGACAAAAUCUUUUUCCCUACUAAUUUAGUGGAAUUAUAUUAAUGGGCUCAAUAUUAACCAGGAGCCCCUAUGUCGAAGGACGGACCAUUAGGUUAUAAAGGUCCAUUGGCAACAACACAAUAUUAUGGUUAAUAAGAUCCAGGGAAAACCUUAUUUGAAACUAAUGAUUUUGCUGUCUAAUUAAGAGCCUUUGGUUUAUGGUCAGCACUUGGUCCGAUAGGGCCAUUAGGACCUCUGGGACCACUGGGACCAUUAGGACCCAUAGGAGCUCAUGGAUACAACGUUGAUCUUAAUGGGAAUUAUAUUAAUGGAACAAAUAUAGUAAACUCAGUUACCAUAGAUUAUGAUGGCAGUAGUACUAGAACAUAUCCUUUGUAUGAAUUUUAUCAGAGCAGUUACGCUAAGACCAUUUAGUUGGAUACUUCAUUUCUAGUUGAGAAUGAUGUUUGUUAAAGUGAUGAUGCUUAUCAUAUUGGUUCUCAACCCUUCAAUUAGAUAGUUACAUUUGUUUUGACUCCUCUGGCAGUAUUAGACUCUUACUCCUUGAUUUUACGAGAGAAAGAUGGUAGAGUGAUAGCUUAAUCAAAUGCAGAGAACUACAUUCAAACCAUAUAGUUGAAUGUGAAGAUGAAUACUUAACUUACUAUUGAAGUCCAUCCUAUGAUAUUGCAUAAAAGUGUUGGAUCAUACAGAUUGUUCGUGACUGGAUCAACAUAAUAUAUUACUCAGUACAAUAUAUCUGGGAAUCAGAUUUUAUUCAAUUGA